GCCAUUUAUAUGAAAUCCAUUAUUACUUCUAUAUGUUCUAAGCACACUGCAUAUAGUACUUUUAUGUGUUUACCUAUUAUCAUUAUUUCAUAUUUUUUUUAUUUAGCCCAUUUUAUCUAAGAAUGACGGUAUGAAAAUGCAGCCAAAUCGGUAGUCGUGGUAUUUCAAAAGAGCAUAAGUAAAUUUUCAAUAGCAAAGCACUGCAAAAAGGACAAACGCGACAACAUAGCCGACCGACAUUGUCGCAAAAUUGAGGGUUCAAACAAAUUUUGUCAACUCCGCGACGCUGCGCAAAAUGCGGCGUUAAUAUGUAUGCAAGCUCCUAUGUAUGUAUGUUUGUCGGCAAAGUUGUCAUUUUUUUGUUUUGUUGGAACUCAAUUUUGUUCCGCCCCGUCUCCGCGCGAACUCGCCAUUACUCCCAUGGGGUGCCAUCAUGGUCAGAGGCGUUACUACGGAGGAUUUAUAUCUUAUUAUUCUAUUGUUUAAUUUGUAUUGAGAAAUACUGAUAUCUUAGGGCUUAUUUAAAUAAUAUUAUAAUAGUUACAUAAAAAUAUAAAUACACAUAAAUUCCUACUUAUAAUCGUUUUUAAAAUAAAUUCGUUUAAUAAAAAUAUAUCUGAAAUAAUUAUGUGGCAGUGCGCCCCUCAUGCCUCCUUGCUGGCGAUCGUUCAACUUGCGUCUCGUUAAAAACCAAAAGUGUAGAAAAGGUAAUUGUUUGUGCGGGCAAGAAGAAGCAAGCAUCAGCGUACGUGUACUUAUGAAUGAUGUGUGAUUUUCACAUUUAUAUAAAUACGCAUCUAUAAGGCAAUUAUUGAAUAUUUACCUAAAUAUAUGAGCAUAUUUUCCUGAAAUAUUAAUUAUCUCAGGAAGUAAAAUAUGCUAUGAAGCAAUUGAAAUCAGAUAAUCUUGAUCAUAUCAAGUACUAAAAUAAAAUAAAAAUAAAAAUUAAGAUUUAUGAUUUACAGCAGUGUUUUUCAAUCUUUUUGAUUUCGCGACCCCUUUACAGGUUGAAAUAUUCUGGCGACCCCCUUGUGUCAUAGUAAGUCAAAGAAAUGAUUUAAUUUUAAUUAAAAGACUACAUACGUUAGGUAAUAAGUUUUUCCUAUUUUGGCAAAUUUAUCUAUUAUUCGCGCGGGUCAUACUGCAUCGGCGACGGCGACGUUGCCACACCGCAAGACAUGAUUGUCGUUGCCGUAACAGCAAGCGUCCCGCGCGCGCCACCCGCAAUGUUCUUUUGUUUCAACUCUCAUCACUCAGUUAAGCGUAGUCGCCCAUGAGUUCAUAAAAAUAUAAAAUGGAUAAAUUUCUCAAAAGAUCGCAGCCUUCAACAUCUGGUACGAGUAUCAAUAGCGGUGGUGGUGAAUCGAAUCCGAAAAAAAAUAGACAUUAUGAUGACAGUUAUUUGAAAUACGGGUUCACAGUCGUAAAUAAUAAACAUCAAUGUGUAAUUUGCGGCGAUGUUUUAUCACGUGAGAGUAUGAAACCGUCAAAGCGUAUGCGGCAUCUCACAACCAAGCAUCAAAAAGAAGCUGAUAAGCCGUUGGAUUUCUUUGAACAAAAGUUGAAAGCUCUUAGUCAGCAGCAAAAUACUAUAAUUCAGGCAUCCAGUGUCAACGAGUCAACGUUAUUAGCUAGCUACAAAGUCGCAUAUCGAUAUUUGUGCGCUUUGAAGCAGAUGACAGUAUUACGGAAGAAAUCUUAUUUUGCAAAGCACUUCCUGCAAACACUGCUGGCCAGUGUUUGUACGAUAUGUUUUCAGAAAGCACUUGCGACUACGAUAUUGAUUGGAAAAAAUGUAUCGCUAUUUGUAGCGAUGGCGCUAAAGCUAUGACUGGCAAAAAUAGCGGACUCAUAGCAAAAUUAAAAUCGAUAAUACCAAACAUAUCCUGGACACACUGUUUUCUUCAUCGACAGGCUCUUGCUGCUAAGGUAAUACCUUCUGAUUUAAAUGACGUGCUCAAGGAGGUAAUAAAAAUUGUGAAUUUUAUCAAAGGUAAAGCUUUGCAAACCCGGCUAUUCAGAAUCGUUUGUGAAGAUAUGGGCUCGCUUCAUCAAAAUCUCCUUUAUCACACAGAGAUCAGGUGGCUAUCCAAAGGAAAGGUAUUGACAAGAGUUCUGGAACUGAGAGCUGAAUUGUUAAUGUUCUUACAAGAUGCAAAAUCAGAAUAUGCUUACCGUUUUUCUGACCCUAUUUGGCUCUUGAAAUUAGCAUUUUUGGCAGAUCUUUUUAGCCACCUAAACAAUUUGAACAAGAACCUUCAAGGAAGAGAAGAAAAGAUUUCAACAGCUAACGAUAAAGUAAAAGCAUUUCACGCAAAACUUCGUUUGUGGUCGUCAAAAUGUUUGAGUCUUUUCCGUGUACUCAGAAGAUUGUUGAAGAUAAUGCAUCAGACCAAAGUUUUGCAGUAUCGGCUCAUAUUCCUUGCAUGAUACAAAGCAUGCAUAAUUUACAAGAUAAACUUUUGACAUACUUUCCAGACUUGCACUCUGAAGCUGACAAUGGGUGUAGAUGGAUUUUAAGCCCUUUUUUGGACAAAUCAAUAAAUCUGGCUGAUGUCAAUACAAAAAUGAAAGAAUGUCUUCUAGAAUUAGCUACUGAUGGCAUGCUUAAAAUGGAAUUUUAUUCGCAAAUUGUCGACGUAUUUUGGAUGAAAAGAAAACACGAAUAUCCAGAGCUGGCAAGGGAAGCUCUUAAAUUAUUAGUGCCAUUCGCCACUUCAUACUGACAUUUUCUUUUAUGGUAGACAUUAAAACUAAAAAGAGAAAUA